AUGAGUUCUGAUGAAGGAUGUCGUCCUCUUCGCGGGAAAGUGCUAUUACCAGCGAGUGGUGUACUAACUGAAGAUGGCAUUCCUUUCUAUCAUUUGAUACGGUAUGCGCUGAAACCGAUUCAUUUACAACGAGUUAAGCAGUGUGGGAUCGAACUGAAAAUUGGGCAGUUUUCAAAUGAAGAAAAUAAUCUACUUGAAAGGAACUGGGAGAGAUAUGCAGCAGCAAAUAAUGUCGAUUGCAGUCGAGCUUAUGAAUUUGCAGGCGGUUAUAGUAGAGAAAUGGAUGCGGAUGAACGGACCAAUCUAUUAGUCUUUCAGAACAAAACUAAUUUUGUCCCGGCAAUGUGUGAAGGACUCAAUGAUCGGACAGGACGACAGGUGAUUAGCAGAAUGUUGAUUAUGUACCAUCCGGGUGAAAAAAACAGGCUAGAAUGGAACAAUGAACUAGAGGAACAAUUUGAGAAGUUGUAUGCUGAAGGUUGCUCAUCCCGGGCUAUAAGUAUUCGUUUGCAGCGAUCCAAGGCCGAAAUAGAUUAUCGAAUUAAUUUAUUGAGAAGGAGAACGGAAAAACCAUGUGAUUUUGACGACUAUGAUACUGAAUUGACUGAUAGUGCUCGACAAGUUCUUUAUGGUUUUGUAACCAAAUGGUUGCUUCCUAGAAAUUGUCCUUCCGAAUUAGAAGAAAUGUUGCCAGAAAAAGAAACAUGGAAUGUGGCUGAUUUUGCUUUACUGCAGGAUCAGGAAAAGGCUAUUUCGUAUUUGCCCUGGCUUUCACUUACUUGGAAAAUGUUACGUCCUGUUCCUGUGAUCAAAAAAUUGUGGUUGAAAGAGGUCGAUAGAUUACGUGCAACAUGUGAAAGAUUUAAUGGCGAUACAGAAAAGGCUACAGAUGCUUGCAUGCCAAAACUUCCUCUAAUAAGUGUUGGCGAAUAUAGACGUGCUCUAAGUUUGUUUCUGGAACAAAAACCAAUGUUCCCAAGUCGUAUUGAUAUUGAACAGUUACAAAGGAGAAUCGAGGAGGAAAAUUUAGUCGGAUAUUGCACAAAUGGUUUAAUUGAAGGUGAAUUUCUGAAAAGAAUGUUGUGCGGUCAUAUUGUUAAUUUUAGACAUGCCACAAGGACAAUGAAUUUCAACUGUGUUGAUUGGAUUACCGUUCUGAUCGAGUAUCUGACGCAUUUGGAUGGAAGCCUCAGGAAGUGGCACUAUAGUAUGAAAAAAUGCAGGGAGCGAGAAGUACGCAAAGUGACGUUCACUGUGAUUUUAAUGAAGCGGAAAUGCCUAAUAAAAUUUGCAAUGGAAAAGAUGAGACAAGAAACUAUAGCUAUUCUGAAGGAGUUGCUGGAAUGA